AGAAUAGACGAAGAAGAAGAGGAACCAUAGCAACGCCAUUAAACAGAAAUGUCGGCCUCAACUGUUGUAGUUUGGUCUGCUUUAAACCUGUUCUGUUUAUUUCUCUUGUUUACUGCCGUCACUGCCGACGAAAAUACAACAAACUACACUUUGAAUACGACUAUGUUUCCUGACCAGACCUUCACAUACGACGUAACGGAUAGUUCUACAACAGCACAGCCUGACUCUACGACCCCAACACCAGGCUACAGCAGCACCGAGUAUCCGCUCUGGCCGACCGUCCCCGCCGAACCGCUGCCUGCCUCCGGCCACCUGCUCACCCCCGUCACGAACGUUGCCAGGUUGUGUCCCUGUGACGAGCACAAGGAUGUGUGUGACAUCAACUGCUGCUGUGACAGAGAGUGUAGUGAGGAGGUGGCUCUGUUCACCAGCUGCUCAGUGGGCACUGUAAGCGGCAACAAGCAGCUGUGCAGCCGUGAUGUGGCGUCCUACUCUUUAAGGAGUACAAUAGAUGGAUACUCAGAGCUACAGUCGUCUGUCCAGAAGGAGUCAAAUUAUGACAUCUUCUGCAUUCAUUCACAGAACCGUGUUGAUGGAUUAUCUCAUCCCUCGCCUGCUCUUCCAACUGACGGAAACUUUGACUCGCUCUUUAAACAAUUUACCAGCUUUACUUUCGGCUCAGAGGUAAUCAGUGGUCAGGUGUCUACUGCAGAGCUCCAGGCCUCAUCUGGAUACCAGUAUGGAGACGUGAUGGUGACAGCAGGACAGAGUGGACAGAGAGGGAUCUUCUGGCUGCCAGCUCCCGGUGUUACUGCUGACUGUAUGGACACCAGUCCUGCAGCAUUCCUGAAGGAGCAGAGCAGCCGGUGUUCCCGACGUGUGGUCCUGGAGCAGGACUGCAGCACUCUGCCGGCCCUCAGCAUGGACACCUACACUAACAUCCAGCUCUUUGCUGGGAAGAAUAAAGAUGCUGCAGUUGUUCCUGUGCAGGUGGCUUCAGUCGUCCUGCAGUCUCUAGACGGGACUCAGACUGAGCUGAAUAUCAGCGGAGGAGAAAACUUCAACCCUGAUCUCCUUAAUCCAACCAUGUGUGCUAAUGUGGUGCUGAAGGUUGUGUAUGUGAUGAAGUUCAGCCCAGCUGGUCAGAUAGUGAGUGUGAUGGCGUCUCUGGUGCUCGGAUUUGUCCGGGAAACAACACUGCCCCUCGAACAGGAGUUUCAUAUUACAUUUGUCCAGCAGGAUGGUGAGGAGGUGGCUGUCCACCACAGUGGAAAUCCAGGUUAUGUGGUGGGUCUGCCUCUUGUGUCGGGACAAAGAAUAGCAGAUGGGAUCGUGAGAAGCGUUGACCCUAGAGGCACGCUUUCUCUUCUCCACAGUGCUGAGGACCAGGACUGUCUGCAGGGUCCACAUCAGCGCUCCCCUGUCCUGUUUGGUCUGGACUCUGUGUCUGGCUGCACAUUAAGACUGGAGGAUGCUGCCAACUGCUCCCUGGUUUCCCAGGUGCUUCUGGAUGUUCUGCGAGGACCAAACUAUCCCCAGUACGUGGCUGCAUUUGGAAACUCUGCAUUAGACAAUCCAUUUGACUGGGUGCCCAUCAAGAACAGCUUUAAUCCAGGGGAAGGACAGAGUUGCAACAUCCCAUUGUCGCUGCAUUUAGAAAUUGAAUGGACCAAAUAUGGAUCCUUGGUGAAUCCCCAAGCUCAGGUUGUGAGCAUCAAAGAAGUAAUCCAAACCAACACCACCAGUCUGGCCCUGCUGACUGGAGGCAGCAGCCUUCUGUCAAUCAGGAGCUCCGUGGCCUUCGUACCGGUGUCUGCUGCUGCUCUUCCUGGUUUCAGAGCUGCACCCACCAUCAACGCCAAACUUCCGUUUGACUUCUUCUUCCCUUUUGUGUGAUGCACACUACAUAACAGUCCUGACAGGUUCCACUCACCUGUGUAGGCUGACAUUUACCAUACAGAUCACAGACUAUGUGAUUAAUCUAUGGAAUACUGUGUGAAUAAUGUGAAUAAUGUAAAUAAGUUUUAUUUAACAAAUGUUUUUUUUAAUAAAUGAAAUCACUUCA